AUGGUCAUGGACGCCCUAAACGCCACUGCGCAACAACUCGCCGACCAAGCCCAACGGUUCUCGUUUUUCACGGGGCUCGUCAAGCCUGCUCCCCAAUACAGGUUCUUCCUUGUUGCUGGGAAGACAAGGCCGGGAAAGAGUACCAUUGUUGCGCGCUGUACAGGGAAGGAUGUUAUUGUUGGGCAUGAAUUGUACUCUUGCACAGUCUCAAUAGACACAUACAGCUACGCCCGAGCCCUUAGUCUUCAGCGAGAGAUUAUCGAUGAAGGGACGGCGCUCGGUGAAACGCAGGCUGGGAUAGCCGUUGCGGGUGAUCUAUACAAAGCCCGACGAGAGCAUGGGCGGCAGCUGCGAGACUUGGAAAACGAUCGCAAGAGCUGA